ACAGUAAAGAUGGCGUCGGCAGGGUCUGUGUGUACGGGUACACGGAGAAGAUGACGGACGCUGAGAUCAUUAACUCCGUCUAAUGCCGAAGUGUCUUCCGCGUACAGUUGAAAACAGUCGCCCGGAGAGACCGUACACCGCAGCGAUCUGUUGACAGGCGAAGAAACAGUCGUAAAAAAUAUUCAUCAGCCUCAUGGAGGACAUCAACUCCAACAUUAACGCCGACCUGGAGGUGCGGAAGCUGCAGGACCUGGUGAAGAAGCUGGAGCGGCAGAACGAGCAGCUCCGGACCCGGUCCACUCUGCUCGCCUCCUCCGGCGGAUCGGUGCCGGGGAGCGCCGGACCCCUCAGCGGCAGCGGCUUCGACUCGCCGCUGUCCGCGGGAGCGGCGGCCGGGCUGGCCGGGUUCCCCGGGGCGGGGUUCGGCGGGACCGGGGGCUACGGGGGGGUUUUGGAAAACUCCCGAUGUCGAAGCCCCAGGCGGGGGUACGACAGCCCGAGCUACGGGCGUGGGUACGACGGCGAAGGGGCUGGAGCCGCCGUCUCCUCCACUCCCUCUUACAUAGGCGAAGUGGUGGAUUUCACCAGGGACGGAGAAACUUCUAUCCUGGACGAAGUGGAUAUCCUGGAUCUGGAAGACAUGGACUGUCUGAACGAGGAGGAGGACAGCUGGCUGUAUGAGGCCAAAGUGACCAGUCCCCUGCAGAAAGCCGUGAGUCCCAUCGUCUGGUGCCGCCACGCCCUGGACCACCCCAGCCCCGACAUGGAGUCCGCCAAACGCUCACUAAUCCACCGGCUGGACCUCACCAUGUCAGCGAAUAAGCGUAGGAGUCUGUAUGGAAGCCCCUACAGCCCGACGGCGGGAAACAGCCCCUACAGCAGCGGCUUCAACUCACCCUCCUCCACCCCUGCCAGAGUGCCCAUCAUCAAGCAGCUUGUGCUUCCAGGGAGUGCAGUGCACCAGCGCGGUGUAGUGGACAGGAACCCUCCCGCAGUCAGUCCCCAGUCCUCGGUGGACAGUGAGCUCAGCACCUCCGAGAUGGACGAGGACUCGGUCGGCUCGUCCACCACCUACAAACUCAACGACGUCACUGAUGUGCAGAUUCUCGCUCGCAUGCAGGAAGAGAGUCUGAGGCAGGAUUACGCUGCUACUGCGUCGCGCCGCAGCUCCGGCUCGUCCUGCCACUCCCUGCGCCGCGGCGCCUUCAGCGACCAGGAGCUGGACGCCCACAGUCUGGAGGACGAGGAGGAGGCUGUCCACCCUGCCCUGCACCCACCGAUCAACCGCUUCAGCCCCUCCCCCCGCCACUCACCCCGCCCCUCCCCGCGCCACUCCCCCAGGAACUCGCCCCGCUCCCGCUCCCCGGCCCGCUCUCUGGAGUACAGCCGCGGCUCCACCCAGCCAAUCAUCAGCCGGCUGCAGCAGCCCCGCCUCUCGCUGCAGGGCCACGCCCCCGACCUGCAAGCCAACGCCGUGAAGAACGAAGAGAAAUUGAGGCGGAGUCUUCCUAACCUCUCCCGCUCCCCCGUGGCUCAGGCAGCUGAGCCAGUAAAGAACAGCAGGAGCUGUGAUUCCAACCUGCAAGUGCCAAAUGGAGGCUCCCCCCGGCACCAGCCGCAGUCAGCCACUCCACACCAAAGGUACUCAAACGCGACUCGCUCGUCCCCGAAAACCAAACCGCAGCUGCAAAGCCCUUCGUCCUUACGAGUCCCUUCACCCAGUAAGCUGCGCGCCCCAGCCACACCCUCUCCCCUAGCCCUGCGACAACCAGUCAAGGCCAUGUCCGCCCCAGGCUCUGCCCCCUCGAGCCUGCCCCCCCCAGGGAGUGGCACCACCACGCCCACACGCUCCCUCGGCUCUGCUCGCAGCAGCCUGCCACGCCCCAGUGUGUCUGCAGGAGGGGGCAUCCCUGUGCCUCGGAGCAAGCUGGCACAGCCUGUCCGCAGGUCGUUACCGGCGCCACGUACCUACGGCGGGAUGAAGGAUGACAGCUGGAGGGAGGGGUGCUACUGACGCCCUGGGGACGGGGUUUCUGCCCCACCAAUCAGCACAGACUGUCAGAGAUUACCAUGCGGCACUUUAUCAAUGACUGCUUUUCUUCAAAAAAACCAAGGAAAAAUCCAAAUGCAAAAAUAUAGGAAAGAUUCUUCAUACAAUCAGUACUUCACGGAACUGUCACGAAGGUCAGAAUCGGCGCUUACACAGAAGCUGAGGGUAGAGGCACCCCCGCGGGUGUGGCGGGGUCCCAGCCAAUGCCAAAGAGGCCGGCGGAGCCCACGGUGGUACCGGAGGGGCGUUCUGGCCUCACCCGGCACGCCUUCACACGCCAAAGCACUGCACUGCACACGCUGCGAGAGAGACCAUCAUGCACCACUCCUACAGCGCUGUGACCCCCUCAGACACACCCCCACAUAUCAUUCAGGAGGGGUCUGCCGGGGAACUGGCCGGGCGAGUGAGCGGGGUGACUGAGAGGGUGAGAGGAGCGAGUGAAUGAGGAGAGAGAGCUGACAGGGCGAGUGGGGUAACAGGAUGAAUGAGUGAACAGAGCGAGUGGGGUAACAGGGUGAGUGAGGAGAGAGAAUUAACAGGGGCGAGGCAGACGAGUUUUCUCCAGCAGAUGAGUGUCGGGGCUCACAGAGCCAUGGGAGAGUUCUGCUCUGUAACUAUGCACCCAUUUCCAUGGCUCCACCCUGGAGGGUGGAGGUCGAGACCACGUCACCUCGGCAGGGCGCAUGGAGCUGCUUUACCUGUGCAAACAGCCUGCUUACCCACCGGUCGACAGCCGUGACCUUUGACCCAACAAAGACUCUCCCCACCCCCUCCCAUUCCAUGCCUGUGAAGUGCCUGAGUUAAUCAAACAAAUCAGUUUAAUUCCCUGA